AUGGCUUUGCGAUGGUUUGAUUUACUGGAUAAUCUGCUAAAGGCUCCACCAAGUUAUAACUACCAUUAUGCGGUGAGAGACGAGUACUCGGGGAACGACUUCGGGCAGCAGGAGGAGCGCGAUGGUUAUAUGACCAAGGGCUCCUAUUCCGUACGGCUCCCCGACGGCCGUGUGCAGAGAGUGACUUACUACGUGGACGGCGACUCUGGAUUCAUGGCUGAAGUGUCUUACGAAGGCGAGGCUCAGUACCCAGCUCAUCAGCCUGCCGCUUCGUAUCAGCCUGCACCAACUUAUCAAACUACUCCAGCCUAUCAGCCUACACCUGCCUAUAAGCCUGCACCAACUUACCAACCAGGUCCUACUCAUCAACCUGUACCGAUCUACCAGCCUACACCUUCGACAUCCUUUGACCCAGUUGUUUCUUAUUGAUCUAACCUUUUCUGUGGUAGAUUACGUGGCGUUGAUGGCUUUGCGAUGGUUUGAUUGUGAUUAUUUAUUCUGAGAGUGUGUCAAUAAAGGAUUUAGCAAGAAAUUCUAGUAUUACCUUCUCGAACGGUUUUGCUAUAGUACUG